AUGAAGUUUACUCUCACCACAUUCGUUGCAAUCAUUGGCGUUGCUUCCGCUAUCAGCGUCGAUGCCGGCCUUGUCAAGAGACAAUGCGUCUCCAAAGUAGGAGAUACCUGCGGUACUCGACCAUGCUGCAGCGGCCUGACCUGCCAACCAGUCGCAGGAAGCAGCCAGUCUACCUGCGUCAAAGAGAUCGCCAAGAGAGACGAGAACCAUCUCUCCGGGCGGUCCGAGAAGAAGUCCGCUCGGCUGCAAACGAGGAGAUACCCUGAAAUCCCUGCGGACGAGCCCCGGUGGGGCUAG